CAUUCACCAGCUCGCCAGCACUUGGGAGAGAGCAGCAGGAUGGACGUGGUCGAAAGCCUUCUUAUGAAUGGGAGCAACAUUACUCCCCCCUGUGAACUCGGCCUGGAAAAUGAGACUCUUUUCUGCCUGGAUCAACCUCAACCUUCAAAAGAGUGGCAGCCUGCUGUGCAGAUUCUACUGUACUCCUUGAUAUUCCUCCUCAGUGUGCUGGGGAACACGCUGGUCAUCACAGUGCUGAUUCGGAACAAGAGGAUGCGGACGGUCACCAACAUCUUCCUGCUGUCCCUGGCUGUCAGUGACCUCAUGCUCUGUCUCUUCUGCAUGCCCUUCAACCUCAUCCCCAACCUGCUCAAGGAUUUCAUCUUUGGAAGUGCUAUGUGCAAGACCACCACCUACUUCAUGGGCACUUCCGUGACUGUCUCCACCUUCAACCUGGUAGCCAUCUCUCUGGAGAGAUACGGCGCCAUCUGCAGACCCUUACAGUCCCGAGUCUGGCAAACGAAGUCCCACGCUUUGAAGGUCAUCGCUGCCACCUGGUGCCUCUCCUUCACCAUCAUGACUCCGUACCCCAUUUACAGCAACUUGGUGCCUUUUACGAAAAAUAACAACCAGACGGCAAAUAUGUGCCGCUUCCUGUUGCCAAGCGAUGCUAUGCAGCAGUCUUGGCAAACAUUCCUGCUACUCAUCCUGUUUCUCAUCCCCGGGAUUGUGAUGGUGGUGGCCUAUGGGCUGAUCUCUCUGGAACUCUACCAAGGAAUAAAAUUUGACGCUAGCCAGAAGAAAUCUUCUAAAGAGAAGAAGCUGAGCAGUGGCAGCAGCCGAUAUGAGGACGGUGAUGGGUGUUACCUGCAGAAAUCCCGGCACCCACGGAAGCUGGAGCUUCAGCAGCUGUCUACCAGCAGCAGCGGCAGCAGAGUCAACCGCAUCAGGAGCAGCAGUUCCGCUGCCAACCUGAUAGCCAAGAAGCGCGUGAUCCGCAUGCUCAUCAUCAUUGUGGUCCUCUUCUUCCUGUGCUGGAUGCCCAUCUUCAGUGCCAACGCCUGGAGGGCGUAUGACACGGCUUCUGCUGAGAGACACCUCUCGGGGACUCCCAUCUCCUUCAUCCUCCUCAUCUCCUACACCUCCUCCUGUGUGAACCCCAUCAUCUACUGCUUCAUGAACAAACGGUUUCGCUCGGGCUUCAUGGCCACCUUCCCUUGCUGCCCCAAUCCUGGUCCCCCAGGGGUGAGAGGAGAGGUGGGAGAGGAGGAGGAUGGGAGGACCCUCGGGGCAUCACUGACCAGGUAUUCCUACAGCCACAUGAGCACCUCUGCUCCACCGCCCUGAGCUAUGAUAGCUGGCCCUUCGCUGCAGCAGGAAGGGAGAGACCAGGGAGCAAGGAAGAAACGGGAAAGGAGGAAGAGGAAACUGUAGUGAAGGAGAAGGGAGACCCACUUGUCGUGGGGACUUUUCAAUGCUUUUCAUCCUUCAUGGAGUUCCACAAGGAACUUAAGGUGGGGUCAGAAAAUGACAAGACAUUUUCCAUAGUGUUCACCAUGGAAGAAACCUCAGACCAGGGACAGGAGCCCCAAAAGGCUCAUGCCACAAAUGUCACUGCCAAGUCCAUGGUGAAAAUGGAGGUAUAGAUCCUGAUGAGCUUUAGAAUUUCCUGGAACACCCCAGGUGAGGUCUCUCCAUAGUGACAUGCUGCUGUGCUGUUUCUUCUGCUCAUGCAGAAUUACAGUCACCACUUUCCUUCCCGGGGAACCCACGGCUACUUCCCAUACAUAUUACAACUCCACACCUUCUCACUGCCAGCAAGGGCGGGUGAAGCACACCUCCUCUGGCCACUCCUGACUGUGGGACUGGUCUGACUCUUUUAAUCUAGAGGUUGAUCGAGAACACGCAGACGUGUAAGUCCCCAUCAUCAUCAGAAAAGCAAAAAGAGUGUGUCUAAAAGACAGGUUUUCGGAUUUUUAUUUCCUCAAAGGGAAAAGCGUGCAAGGCCAAUAGCCUGAAGGCAUGUUUUCUGUCAGCGAAGGCAAGGUGCAGAAGGGAAGUCACACUGUACCCGUGUGACUUCUCCUUUGCACCCUAACCCCACAACUUGUUUUAAACCUCAAUGUAAUUUCUUCUGUUCACCUAUACUUCCUCUUCUCCAGAAAGACCUCCAGGUAGGAAGGGGAGUUGUAUUUACCUGGACAAGUUGUAUUACUGUGGAAAAAUGUACAGUCAGGCCCCAAAGGAAACUGACAGCUGGGACUCAGUUCACAGGUAACUUGGAAUGCCAAAAGUGUGUAUGUUUUUAUUACCAUCUUGUAGUUCUUGAUA